UCUAUUGUUUGAACAUGUGAAAUAAAUAAUUUUCUCAUUGUUCAUCCAGCAAGGUACGAGUCAAGACGCAAGUUUUAUAAACAUUUUAAACAAGCAACAUAAUGGCAUUGUUACAAUCACUUAAGGCUGUAGUUGAAAAAUUGGCCCAACGCACUGAAGGUAAAUUCCUCCAGUUGAUGGAAAGCAUCCAAACUUGCCCAGCUGCCGAGAUCCAGCCGGCGCUGAGUUUGCCCGGUUCCCAUCUAUCCGACGGGAUCGUCUGGUCGCAGGACGCCGGUUGCAGGCGUGUCGAAGACAGGAUGAAAGUAGGGCCGAUAUGCAGAAGGCCCGAUUACAGAAGAAGGCCCAUCCCGCCCUUCGAGUACGGCUACUGCAAGGAAGAAGAAGAAGAACUGCCCACUUUCUGCCCACCGCGCAGGAGGAGAAAGAGCGACCCCAGCUCUUGUUGCAACCAGAUCGACGGCAACUCGUGCGAUUAGAUAAAUUAUAUGAAAAAAGUGAUGACCAUUGCAGAAAAAAGAGCCCCAAAACAUUUCAAAUGUUUUUCUAUACGAUAUGAAAAAUAAAAAAAUGUUGUCUUGUUUAAAAA